AUGGUAUUUUUUACAUGCAAUGCAUGUGGCGAAUCUGUGAAGAAAGUGCAAGUGGAAAAGCACGUGGCUGUUUGCCGAAACUGUGAGUGCCUGUCUUGUAUUGACUGCGGUAAAGAUUUCUGGGGUGACGACUACAAAAACCACGUGAAGUGCAUCAGUGAAGAACAGAAGUAUGGUGGCAAAGGUUAUGAAGGUAAAACCCACAAAGGCGAUAUUAAGCAGCAGGCAUGGAUCCAGAAAAUUAAUGAAUUAAUAAAAAGACCCAACGUGAGCCCCAAAGUGAGGGAACUUUUAGAGCAAAUUAGUGGUUUUGACAACGUUCCCAGGAAAAAGGCGAAAUUUCAGAACUGGAUGAAGAACAGUUUAAAAGUUCAUAAUGAGUCCAUUCUGGAGCAGGUGUGGAGUAUCUUUUCUGAAGCUUCUGGCAACGAACCGGUCAGUAAGGGGCAGGACCGACAGCCACUCAAGCAAGGGGCCAACCCGCCCGGCGUAGAACUUUCCACAAAGGUUCCAGCUUCCCACACAAGUGACCCCCCAGAAAAGCAAGCAGAGGUGAAGAAGAAUAAAAGAGAAAGGAAGGAAGAAAGGCAGAAGAAUAGAAAAAAAGAGAAGAAAGAACUAAAAUUAGAAGGCCACCAGGAGAAUUCAAGGGGUCAGAAGCCUAAGAAGCGCAAAGAGCAAGAGGCCGAUCAGGAGGCUGGAGGGGAGGCCCCGGGCUCUGCAGGGAAGAAGAGCCAGAGCAAGGGGGGCAAGGCCAGGGGGGCGGUGGACGGAGCCAGAGACGCCAAGGAGGAGCCGACGAAGCCGCCGCCCGGGAAGAGAAAGAAGCACGCGGACGAUGAAGCAGAUACCAAGAAGAAAAAGAGGAAGCUCUCAGGACAUUCUGAGGGUGGAGAACCGGAAAACCAUGGGGCUCCUGCAAAAGGUAAAUUCAACUGGAAGGGAACUAUUAAAGCAGUUCUGAAACAGGCCCCGGACAACGAAGUAGCAAUCAAAAAGCUAAGGAAAAAGGUUUUAGCUCAGUAUUACGCGGUGACAGAGGAACACCACAGAUCGGAAGAGGAGCUCCUGACCAUCUUUAACAAGAAGAUCAGCAAGAACCCCACCUUCAAGUUAGUAAAGGACAAAGUCAAGCUUUUGAAAUGAACGUUUUUCUACUUAAAAAUUGAAUCCAUUCUGUUGAUUUUUUUUCACUGCUGUUUCUAAAACAUGUAAUGAGUUACAACAACUCCAAUAUUGCUUUUUCAAAGCUGUAUUUUUAAGUUACAGAAAAAGUCUAUUUUUGGUAGAACUUUUAUGAGAAAAUAAAAUAUAUUCUUAUCCAAAAUUC